UGAAAACCAGACUCUCUCUUCCACCGACGAUUGAUAAAUCAAAGAAGAGAAAAGUAUAGCAUGCGAGUCAUCAAUGAAAGAGACAAUCAAUGAGGACUAGGAAGAUGCAAUUCUACGCUUUCUCCAACUUGCCACUCAGAAGCACACAGCUCUCUCCCAUCCCAAUGAAGAAUUAAGCCAACUAUUCCAAAGCAAAACACUGGCUUCAGCAAGAAACUGAGCUCUCUGUACAUGCUCCCUCUCUCUCUCUCUCUCAUCCAGGAGUCAGUGAAUCACAAAAUCCUCAAGAAAUCAAACACACACCAUGCAAAGAUUAUCGAGCACCGUGUUCCGGAGCGCGGGCCGCUUCGCCGGAACGACGACGAUAUGGCGUCCUCCGCUCAAGAAAGGGCCCUCUGUGGUUCCGUCUUUGUUGCUCUUCUUGCUGGUCCUUGCUGCUCUUGCUUUCACCUCCACUUUGAACAUCCAUACGUCUACAAUCUCUGCGGGUAAUCCAAGUAAUCAAAGUAUAGUCGUCUCCGAUGAGAACCAGCUUAAUCUCCAACCGAAGAAGCUCGAAUUCCCAUUGAAUUGCAGCUCCGGAAACCAGACCCAAACCUGCCCAACAAACUAUCCGACGUCGCUUUCGCCGCGAGACCCAUCGACCGAACUCGAUUGCCCGGAUUAUUUCCGGUGGAUCGACGAAGAUCUGCGUCCGUGGAAGGCUUCAGGAAUCACGAGGGACAUGGUGGAGAGGGCCAAACCCACCGCCCAUUUUCGCCUAGUGAUCAUUAAAGGCAAAGCUUAUGUGGAAAAGUACAGGAAGUCAAUACAGACUAGGGAUAUGUUCACCAUAUGGGGUAUUUUGCAAUUGCUGAGGAGGUAUCCCGGUCCAAUACCCGAUUUGGAGCUUAUGUUCGAUUGUGACGACCGGCCGGUGAUCCGGUCAAGGGACUACCGGGGGAAGAACAGGACGAGCCCGCCGCCGUUGUUUCGGUAUUGCGGGGAUCGAUGGACAACGGAUAUAGUCUUUCCAGAUUGGUCCUUCUGGGGCUGGGCUGAGAUUAACAUAAAGCCGUGGGAGAGGUUGCAGAUGGAGCUGAAACAAGGGAAUGAGAGGAAGAAAUGGAUAGAAAGAGAUCCGCACGCAUAUUGGAAAGGAAACCCCUUUGUGGCUGAAGCCAGAAGAGACCUCCUCAAGUGCAAUGUUUCUGAGACCCAAGAUUGGAAUGCUCGCUUGUUCAUCCAGGAUUGGAUCCUUGAAUCACAACAAGGAUUCAAGAACUCAGACCUAGCAAGCCAGUGCACACACAGAUUCAAGAUCUACAUAGAAGGGUAUGCAUGGUCGGUCAGUGAGAAAUACAUUCUGGCAUGUGAUUCCACAACUCUGCUGGUGAAGCCACAGUUCUACGACUUCUUCACCAGGAGCCUAAAUCCCUUGCAGCACUACUGGCCCAUCAGGGCUGAGGACAAGUGCCGAUCCCUCAAAUUCGCCGUGGACUGGGGCAAUAGCCACAAGGGAAAGGCACAAGCGAUAGGGAAGGCUUCAAGUGACUUCAUCCAAGAGCAAGUGAAGAUGAGCAAUGUGUACGACUACAUGUUUCAUUUGAUGAAUGAAUACGCCAAGCUUCUCAGGUUUGAGCCAGAGGUCCCAGAAGGAGCAGUGGAGGUCUGCUCUGAGCUCAUGGCUUGCCCUGCAGGUGGGGUGGAGAGGGAGUUCAUGGUGGACUCAUUGACCAUGAGCCCAUCUGCUACAGGCCCAUGCACCGUGCCCCCACCAUACGAGCCCAAAUUGGUCGACGCCAUGUGGAGGAGAAGUGCCAGUGCAAUUAGGAGGGUGGAGAGAUGGGAAGAUGAGUUUUGGCUAAAGUCUCACAACAAAUCAGCUUAGUUGUGUACAUGUGCAUCAUUGGAUACUUGUCUUGUAAACAGAGCAAGAGCCUUACUUUGUAAA